GCUGCUAUUUUGGGGCGCCGCCACUUCAAGGACACUACUAAGAUGGCGCGAUCUAACGCGUUCGUUUAUCUGACAGAACGCCGUCUUCCAGCAGUUGACACCGUUGCUAUGACACCGCCAGGGAGCGCCAAGCACAACAACUCACGCUGUACGCUGGUGCUGCUGUAAAGUACGUCCCCGUGUACAGAGAACUAAAAGAAAGGUUCCUUCUACAGGCAGGCUGUGUGAGCGGUAACUGGUGCUGUCAGAGCGGGGGAGAGAGAGCGAGAGAUGACACAGUCUAUAGUUGUACAAGUUGGACAGUGUGGAAAUCAGAUUGGGUGCAGGUUCUGGGACCUUGCAUUGAGAGAACAUGCCGCUGUGAACAAGAAAGGAAUUUACGACGAAGCUUUGUGCAGCUUUUUUAGAAAUGUUGAUACAAGAACUGAAACUGUCAGACCAGAUGUUCAAAGAGGGAAGAUUUGCUCACUCAAAGCACGGGCUGUCUUGAUAGAUAUGGAAGAAGGUGUUGUAAACGAGAUAUUACAAGGGCCUCUUCGAGACCUUUUUGAUAGCAAGCAGCUCAUUACUGAUGUAUCUGGCUCAGGAAAUAAUUGGGCAGUUGGUCACAAGCUGUAUGGUUCUCAAUACCGGGAGCAAAUCGUAGAGAAUGUGAGAAGGACAGCUGAGCAAUGUGAUUGUCUUCAGUGCUUCUUUGUGAUUCACUCCAUGGGUGGAGGAACAGGAUCUGGUUUGGGUACAUAUGUACUAAAUGUGCUUGAGGAUGAAUUCCCUGAAGUAUACAGGUUUGUCACCUCUGUCUACCCAUCAGCUGAAGAUGAUGUUAUCACAUCACCCUACAACAGUGUUUUAGCCAUGAAGGAGCUUACUGAACAUGCAGACUGUGUACUUCCCAUUGAAAACCAAUCAUUAGUUGACAUUGUGAAUAAAAUUGUUCAGAUGACAAACUCUGGAAAACUUGGAAGUGUAAAGCCAAAUAGUCUUCUAAUUUCCAAUAAAGGUGGUGGAAAAGAAAAUGAAAAACCAUUUGAUGCCAUGAACAACAUUGUAGCAAACCUGCUUUCAAAUCUCACCAGCUCUGCAAGAUUUGAAGGGCAACUUAAUAUGGAUAUGAAUGAGAUCACCAUGAACUUGGUCCCCUUCCCUCAUUUGCAUUAUUUGACCUCCAGCCUAACUCCUCUCUAUACACUUUCUGAUGUCAAUAUACCUACACGAAGGUUGGACCAAAUGUUCUCUGAUGCCUUUAACAAAGAUCAUCAGUUAAUUCGAGCAGACCCGAAGCAUAAUCUUUACCUUGCCUGUGCUUUGAUGGUGAGAGGAAAUGUUCACAUUUCUGACCUUCGCAGGAAUAUUGAAAGGCUGAAACCCUCACUACCAUUUGUGUCUUGGAACCAAGAAGGGUGGAAAACUGGGAUGUGUUCUGUCCCACCAGUUGGCCAUUCCCAUUCAUUGCUUGCACUAGCCAAUAACACAUGUGUAAAGCCAACAUUUAUGGACCUGAGAGACCGGUUUAAUAGGCUGUACAGAAAGAAGGCCCAUCUUCACCAUUACCUACAAGUUGAUGGCAUGGAGCAGAGCUGUUUUUCAGAGGCUCUGACAUCAUUAUCCUCAUUAAUAGAAGAGUACGACCAACUGGAUGCCACCAAAGGGUUAUAUAUGCCGAACCCUCCUCGACUUCACAUAGCAGUUUGACACUCAUUUUCUAUCUUGUACUAGUCCCAGCUUAUACCUGAGUAUAAAGUAGGCAAGUACAGCCAUUCAUACCUAUGAGCAGAUGUACACAGCACCUGGGCUUCUUGAAUAGGAGAAAUGUCCCCAAAUUUACAUUGCAUAGGCUCUUGGUGCUCGUGUACAGGAGCCCUAAUUCAAGUCUCUGACAGAUGAUUUUUAUUUAUUUUUAUAUAGUUCAGCCACGCAGACAGGUACUGUGUACCUCUUUUACUUUCAUUCUUGGUUUAGAUAUGUUGGGUUUUGAUACUGGUUUGUUUUAUUUAUUUUUUCCAUGAAGGGUAGGUAGAGUAUUCACAGCCACUUGUGCAAGGAAGAAGUAUUCAGAAUGUUUCAGUGGAUGCCUAUAUAAAAUACUGGACCUUCUGUAUAGAGUUACUGAACCCUUCUAUGUACACGGAUGUCAGAUGCAGGGCCAGGCAACACUCCUUACAUGCUCAGAGUAGGACAAUUUAUAAUGGUUUACCACCCCAUGAAUGCUUUAUGCAGGGUUUGGGGUCAACAGAAAGCAUUUAUAAAUUUUAGAGGUAUAUAUAUACAGACAUCUUGCUUGGUGCCCACAAUCAGACCCAGUAGUUAAGGCUGGGUGGUACAGUUCGCAAUACAUCAUGCCUUAAUCUUAAAAUUAUUUUUUAACACACUAUUGUGAAAGGUAAUGGUAAUAUUAAAUAGUUUCACAUGUAUAAACUGGAUUUUUUGAUAUUUAAUAACAAAAAAAAAAGUUAUUUUUUUCUGUAUGCAAUUUGAAUAUGAACUUGUGAAACAAGUUUUACCUCAAUGUAAAAAAUACUUUAAGUUGUGACAAAUAAGAUUGUAUUGUAUAAAAAUUAUGUAAUAUCUUUAUUUUUAUUAUUAAAUUCACAUAAUUGAA